AUGGAUUCUGAGAAAGGUUUUAAAGUUGUACUUCUUGGUGAAGCAGUCAAUCGAUAUAAUAAUAAUAAUAAUAAUAAUACAGGUGUUGCAACAGAGAAUAUUGGUUAA